UCCCCCCCCCAGCACUGAAGCUACAGCUAGGGACUAGGGGGGGUGAAAAUCACCUUUUGCAAGUCUCCGACCUCACUGGGGUUUCUGUUUUAUUUCUCACUGGGUGGAGGUCAGGAGGGGGGGACCAAAAUCCAACUGGUCUCCCCAUGUCCCCUGUUCACGCUUUGGAUGUAAGGAUCUCACCCCCUUCGGUCCCACGCCAGUGACUCGCUUCCUCCAGGUUUAACAAGGCGAGAGGCUACCGCGAUGGAGUUCAGCUCGUACAGCGGCGUUCCGAGGUUCUUGACCAGACCGAAAGCCUUCGUGGUGUCCAUGGGCAAAGAUGCCACCUUGAGUUGCCAGAUUAUGGGCAACCCGAUCCCCAUGGUCAGCUGGGAAAAGGACAAGCUUCCAAUCCACACAGGAGGAAGGUUCAAAAUGGUGGAAGACGGCGACCUGUACCGCUUGACCAUUUAUGACCUGAACCUGGAGGACAGCGGCCAGUACAUCUGCAGGGCCAAGAACACCAUCGGGGAAGCUUUCGCGGCGGUCAGUAUCAAAGUCGGAGAGCAGACCACCGUGACCGAGUCGGCCCCUUACUUCAUCCAGAAGCCCACCUCCAUCAGAGUCAUCAUGGGAGAGGACGCCAUGUUCAAAUGCAUCGUCCAAGGCAGCCCUCCUCUUUCCGUAAACUGGGAGAAAGAUGGGAGGCACCUGGGGGGACGGUCAGAAUCGAACCGCAUCCAGAUUGAAUCUCAGGGGGAGAAAAACGCACUCAAGAUCCAAAACACUCGGCUGGUCGACAGCGGGACGUACACCUGCCGGGCCGAGAAUCCUCUGGGCGCUGCCAGUGCGGCAGCUGCUCUGGUGGUGGACGCGCCAGAUUCCCACAGCUUGGGGGGCACCAGACCCGGCGUCGACGUGGGUGGCAGCAAAACCUCCCCUUUGUUGUCACACUUGCAGAAAAGGAGGGAAGAAAUCAGGAAGACCGAUUACUCCACCACGGACGCCCUCAUCUCUUCCCCGGAAGGACGGUCCAAAUUUGGCCUGAACCUCUCCCUUGACUACGAGAGGGCCGCCAGCUUGACCGCCAAGGGCUUCCGGGGCGAUGGCGGCUCGUACUACGGCGUGACGACACGGACUUUCACCGUGACGGAGGGGAAGCACGCCAAGAUGAGCUGCUACGUGACCGGAGAGCCCAAGCCGGAGAUCGUCUGGAAGAAGGACAGCGAGGUCAUCCCGGAAGGCAGGAGGCACAUCAUCUACGAGGACGAACAGGAGAACUUUGUGCUCAAGAUUCUCUUUUGCAAGCAGGUGGAUAAUGGUCUGUACACCUGUACCGCCUCCAACCUGGCAGGGCAGACCUACAGCUCUGUGCUGGUCACAGUCAAAGAACCCAGAAUACCUUUCAAGACGAAACUGAGAGAUUUGGAAGUCCGUGAAAAAGAGUCGGCCAUUUUCCAGUGCGAGGUUCCUGUUGCCAGCACGCAAACCACCUGGUUCAAAGAGGAAACGAAGCUUCAGCAGAGUCAGAAGUACAAUAUCGAGGAGGACGGGACGAACCGCAAGCUGACUGUCCAGAACGUGACUAUGGACGACGAUGCCGUGUACAUCUGUGAAAUGAAAGAAGGGAGCAGAACGAUUGCGGAACUGACAGUCCAAGGAAACAUUAUCAAGAAGCUGCCCAGGAAGACGGCCGUCAGUCUGAGUGACACAGCGAUCUUCUGUGUGGAGCUAGAAAACAAGUGCCAGACGUUCCGGUGGCUGAAAAAUAAGGAAGAACUGAAGCCGAACAAAAGGAUAUCCAUCACUUCCUCCGGCAAGGAGUUCAGCCUGAUAAUCCGGGAUUGCAAAAUAGAGGAUUCGGGGGAGAUCGUGUUUGUGGCUGACGACUGCAGAACAUCCACCCAGUUUACAGUCUCUGUGCCAAAGAAGCCUCCGUCUCAUCCCCCAGUUGCCCCCGUGGUGAAAAAUAAAACAGAAACCUCAGUGACGCUAGCUUGGUCCCCUCCUAAAAUGGAGCGCCCCAUCCCCAUUGAUGGAUACGUCGUGGAGCGGAAGAAACUCACUGGCUUCACCUGGCUGAAAUGCCAUGGAUCGUCCAUCUCCGAAACGGAGUUCACCGUGAGCAACCUCCCCGAAGAGGCGGAUUACCAGUUCCGCGUGUCUGCAGUCAACAGCUAUGGUCAGAGUGACUGUCUUGAAUUUCCCGGAACUCUGCACCUUGAGCCAGUGCUGGCGGUGAAAACCCCUCUGAGAAACGUAGAAGUCGCACCCGGCCGAGACGCCAUUUUUACCGUUGAUCUCACUAAAGUUUGCGUGGGCUCCUGGUACGUUAACGGCAACCUCGUACAGAACAGUGACAAAUACAUCAUCACGAGAACCAGAACGACCCACAGCCUCACCGUCAAGCGGGUCACGAGCAUUUUCAAAGGGGCAGAGGUGAAAUUUGUCACCGAUGACAACAUCGAAAGCACAGCCAAGAUCAGCUUGAAAGAUGAUGUGGCAAACUUCCUCAACGACUCGGCCCCUGGAAUUUCGGUCAAGCUCUCGGAGAAGUUUGAGCUGGUCUGUGAGGUGUCCUCAGUGACCGAGGGCGUCGUGUGGAAGAAGGGUAAAAAGGAUGUCAAGCCAGACCAAAGAGUGACGUUUACCUCGGAGGGGCUGCAGCGGAAGCUUAUUGUCAAAAGUGCCCUCAAGCAAGACGAAGGGGUUUACGUUUGCGAAACCAUGAAUGACAGGCUCACGUUCCAAGUGGAGGUCAAAGAGCCUGAAGACGUCUUUGCCAACAGGGAGAAGGUAGAGAAGGAGAUCAAGGCGGUCCUCUCUGAAAGCGUGACUCUGGCUUGUGAGGUGGCCCAGGUUGACACCGAAGUCAAAUGGUUCAAAGAGGGGAGGUUGAUCAGAUCCAACGACAAGUUCAAGAUAGAAGUGGAUGGCCGAUCCCGAAGGCUGAUCGUGAAGCAGGUGGAGAGGAAGGAUGUGGGCCACUACGUCUGUGAGGCCGACGGCCAGACUCUGACCUUCAGUGUCAUCGCAGUACCGCCCAAAGAACCAGAGGAGGUCUUUACCAACCGGGACAAAGUCCAGAGAGAGAUCGAGGCUGCCUCUUCGGAGGACGUGAUGCUCAGCUGUGAAGUGGCCCAGGCGAACAGAGACGUGAAGUGGUUCAAGAACGGGAAACCGGUCACCUCCAGCAACAAGCUCAAGGUUGAAGCCGAGGAACGAUCCCGGCGGCUGCUGGUGAAGCAGGUGGAGAAGAAGGAUGAAGGCGAGUACACCUGUGAGGCUGCCGGCCAGAAACUGACCUUCAAAGUCACGGUCAAGGAGGCAAAAGCUGCAAAGGCAGAUCUGGUGUUUGUCAACAAGGAGAAGGUGCAGAAAGAGGUCAAGGCCGCCUUGUCAGAGAAUGUUUCCUUCCAGUGUGAGGUUGCCCAGACCAAGACGGAAGUGCAGUGGCUUAAAGAUGGGAAGCCGAUCGCAUCGAGCAACAAGUUCAAGGUGGAAACCGACGGCAAGAAGCGACGGCUGAGUGUCCAGCAGGUGGAGAGCAAGGAUGCGGGCGAAUACACCUGUGAGACGGCUGGCCAGAAACUGAACUUUAAACUCACUGUAGCAGGUGCAGAAGCGGAGGAAGUGUUUGCCCACAAGGAGAAAAUCCAGAAAGAGGUCAAGGCGGUCUCUUUGGAGAACGCUGUCCUCAGCUGCGAGGUGGCCCAAGACAAGACGGAAGUGAAGUGGUUCAAGGAGGGGAAACAGAUCACAUCCAGCAAAAAGUUCAAGGUCGAAGCCGAAGGCAAAUCCCGGCGUCUGGUGGUUCAACAGGUGGAGAAAAAAGAUGCGGGCGAAUACACCUGCGAAGCGGCUGGACAGAAACUGACCUUCAACAUCAUUGUAAAAGAAGCGGAGGAAGUGUUUGCCCACAAGGAGAAAAUCCAGAAAGAGGUCAAGGUGGUCCCUUCAGAGAAUGCCGUCCUCAGCUGCGAGGUGGCCCAAGACAAGACGGAAGUGAAGUGGUUCAAGGAAGGGAAACAGAUCACAUCCAGCAAGAAGCUCAAGGUCGAAGCCGAAGGCAAAUCCCGGCGUCUGGUGGUUCAACAGGUGGAGAAAAAAGAUGCGGGCGAAUACACCUGCGAGGCGGCUGGCCAGAAACUGGCCUUCAAAGUCAGCGUUGCAGAAGGAAAAGGUUUGUUCUUUGCCCACCAGGAGAAAAUCCAGAAAGAGGUCAAGGCGGUCUCUUCGAAGAACGCCGUCCUCAGCUGCGAGGUGGCCCAGGCAAAGACGGAAGUGAAGUGGUUCAAGGAGGGGAAACAGAUCACAUCCAGCAAGAAAUUCAAGGUAGAAGCCGAAGGCAAAUCCCGGCGGCUGGUGGUUCAACAGGUGGAGAAAAAAGAUGCGGGCGAAUACACCUGCGAAGCUGCAGGUCAAAAACUGGCCUUCAAAGUCAUUGUAGCAGAAGCAGAGGAGGUCUUUGCCCACAAGGAGAAAAUCCAGAAAGAGGUCAAGGUGGUCCCUUCGGAGAGCGCCGUCCUCAGCUGCGAGGUGGCCCAAGACAAGACGGAAGUGAAGUGGUUCAAGGAGGGGAAACAGAUCACAUCCAGCAAGAAGCUCAAGGUCGAAGCCGAAGGCAAAUCCCGGCGUCUGGUGGUUCAAGAGGUGGAGAAGAAAGAUGCAGGCGAAUACACCUGCGAAGCUGCAGGUCAAAAACUGGCCUUCAAAGUCAUUGUAGCAGAGCCUGUAAGUGCAUUUGCUAAUAAAGAGAAGGUGCAGAAGGAGGUCAAGGCCGUCUUGAAGGAGAGCGCUGCUCUGGUGUGCGAGGUAGCCUCCAGUGAUACGGAAGUGAAAUGGUACAAAGAGGGAAAGCUUCUUGCUUCCAGCCACAAAAUCAAGAUGGAAUCCAAGGGCACCUCCCGAAAGCUGCUGCUGGAGCAGGUGGACAAGAAGGAUGCUGGAGAGUACACCUGUGAGGCUGCUGGGCAGAAGCUGACCUUCAAUCUGGACACAGAGGAUGUGGAGGAAGUCUUUGCCCACCAGGAGAAAAUCCAGAAAGAGGUCAAGGUGGUCCCUUCGGAGAGCGCCGUCCUCAGCUGCGAGGUGGCCCAAGACAAGACGGAAGUGAAGUGGUUCAAGGAAGGGAAACAGAUCACAUCCAGCAAGAAGCUCAAGGUCGAAGCCGAAGGCAAAUCCCGGCGUCUGGUGGUUCAACAGGUGGAGAAAAAAGAUGCGGGCGAAUACACCUGCGAGGCGGCUGGCCAGAAACUGGCCUUCAAAGUCAGCGUUGCAGAAGGAAAAGUGGAGGAAGUCUUUGCCCACCAGGAGAAAAUCCAGAAAGAGGUCAAGGUGGUCCCUUCGGAGAGCGCCGUCCUCAGCUGCGAGGUGGCCCAAGACAAGACGGAAGUGAAGUGGUUCAAGGAAGGGAAACAGAUCACAUCCAGCAAGAAGCUCAAGGUCGAAGCCGAAGGCAAAUCCCGGCGUCUGGUGGUUCAACAGGUGGAGAAAAAAGAUGCGGGCGAAUACACCUGCGAGGCGGCUGGCCAGAAACUGGCCUUCAAAGUCAGCGUUGCAGAAGGAAAAGUCUUUGCCCACCAGGAGAAAAUCCAGAAAGAGGUCAAGGUGGUCCCUUCGGAGAGCGCCGUCCUCAGCUGCGAGGUGGCCCAAGACAAGACGGAAGUGAAGUGGUUCAAGGAAGGGAAACAGAUCACAUCCAGCAAGAAGCUCAAGGUCGAAGCCGAAGGCAAAUCCCGGCGUCUGGUGGUUCAACAGGUGGAGAAAAAAGAUGCGGGCGAAUACACCUGCGAGGCGGCUGGCCAGAAACUGGCCUUCAAAGUCAGCGUUGCAGAAGGAAAAGUCUUUGCCCACCAGGAGAAAAUCCAGAAAGAGGUCAAGGUGGUCCCUUCGGAGAGCGCCGUCCUCAGCUGCGAGGUGGCCCAAGACAAGACGGAAGUGAAGUGGUUCAAGGAAGGGAAACAGAUCACAUCCAGCAAGAAGCUCAAGGUCGAAGCCGAAGGCAAAUCCCGGCGUCUGGUGGUUCAACAGGUGGAGAAAAAAGAUGCGGGCGAAUACACCUGCGAGGCGGCUGGCCAGAAACUGGCCUUCAAAGUCAGCGUUGCAGAAGGAAAAGUUGCCGAAGCGGAGGAAAUCUUUGCCCACAAGGAGAAAAUCCAGAAAGAAGUCAAGGCGGUCUCUUCGAAGAACGCCGUCCUCAGCUGCGAGGUGGCCCAGGCCAAGACGGAAGUGAAGUGGUUCAAGGAGGGGAAACAGAUCACAUCCAGCAAAAAGCUCAAGGUCGAAGCCGAAGGCAAAUCCCGGCGUCUGGUGGUUCAACAGGUGGAGAAGAAGGAUGCGGGCGAAUACACCUGCGAAGCUGCAGGACAAAAACUGGCCUUCAAAGUCAUUGUAGCAGGUAAAAGCGCCAUUUUUGCAGAAGUGGAGGAAAUCUUUGCCCACAAAGAGAAAAUCCAGAAAGAGGUCAAGGUGGUAUCUUCGGAGAAUGCCAUCCUCAGCUGCGAGGUGGCCCAAGACAAGGCGGAAGUGAAGUGGUUCAAGGAGGGGAAACAGAUCACAUCCAGCAAAAAGCUCAAGGUCGAAGCCGAAGGCAAAUCCCGGCGUCUGGUGGUUCAACAGGUGGAGAAGAAGGAUGCGGGUGAAUACACCUGCGAGGCGGCUGGACAGAAACUGACCUUCCAACUUAAGGUCACAGAGCCUGUAAGUGCAUUUGCUAAUAAAGAGAAGGUGCAGAAGGAGGUCAAGGCCGUCUUGAAGGAGAGCGCUGCUCUGGUGUGCGAGGUAGCCUCCAGUGAUACGGAAGUGAAAUGGUACAAAGAGGGAAAGCUUCUUGCUUCCAGCCACAAAAUCAAGAUGGAAUCCAAGGGCACCUCCCGAAAGCUGCUGCUGGAGCAGGUGGACAAGAAGGAUGCUGGAGAGUACACCUGUGAGGCUGCUGGGCAGAAGCUGACCUUCAAGCUCGAAGCCAUAGAACCAGAGGCAAAAUUCCAAAGAAAAGCUGCCCAGGAAGAGAAGGUGGUUGUUCAGGAGCAGAAGAACAUUGUCCUCUCAACUUCGGUGGUGCCUGAAAAUGCUGAGGUAAAAUGGUUCAAGGAUGGGACCGAAAUCAAAAGCGGCAAGAAGUAUGAGAUGAAGUCUGACAGGGGUGCUCGGACCCUGACCGUGAAGCAGGCAGAGGGCGGGGAUGCUGGCGUCUACACCUGCGAGGUCAAGAAUGAUAAGCAGCCAUUCCAUGUGCAGGUUCAAGAAAUUCCAGUAAAGUUCACCAAGAAACUGGAGCCAGUGAAAGCGGAGAUUGGAGGGACUCUAAGUCUGAGUUGCGAACUGACCCAGCCCAAGGGCGUCGUGGUUUGGUGCAAGGAUGGAGUCGAACUCAAAGCGGACAAGCGCCACCAAAUGCGUGAAAUUGGCGAAAAGCGGGUCCUGAUCAUAACAGGGCUCCGGGCGGAAGACAAGGGAGAUUACCAGUGUGAAACCAAAGAUGACAAAUGCAGCAUCCAUGUCACUCCUACAGUUCCUAGAGUGGUGAAAUUUGUGAAGGGCCUCCACAACAUCGUCUCCGAAGAAGGCAAAGAGGCCGUUUUCAAAUGUGUCGUCUCCCCGAGCGACGCAGCCGUCACGUGGCGCCGAAACGGAGCCCAAAUCGAAGCGGGCAAAAAAUACGUCAUUUCUCAGAAGGACUCGGACCACCACCUCACCAUCAAGGACUUGACUCUGAAGGAUUCUGGGGAAAUCUCAGCAGAAGCGGAAGGAGUAGAGAGCAAAGCUCACCUUAAGGUGGAAGAGGCGCCGGCGGUCUUCGUGAAGAAGCUGGAGCCCAAAACCGUGGAGGAGAAGGAGACCGUCCGGCUAGAGGUAGAGCUGUCCAAGCCGACCGCAGAAGUGAAAUGGGCGAAGAACGGCAGCAUCCUCCAUCCGGACGCGAACGUGGAGAUCAAGGCCGAGGGAACCAAGCACAGCCUGGUGAUUCGGAGCGCUGCUUGUGGGGACCGUGGCUUCUACGCCUGCGAGACCCUCCAUGACAAGACCCAGGCCAAAUUAACCGUGGAAAUGCGACCCAUCAAGGUGGUGAAAGGCCUGGAGCCGAUGGAAGUCCAUGAAAAGGAGUCUGUCACCUUUGAGGUCGAACUGUCCCAUGAGGACGUGGAAGCCACCUGGAUGAAGGAUGGCGUCAGGCUGAAACCAAAAGACAACUGCAUCAUCCGCGCCCAGGGGAAGAAGCAUUCCCUGACUCUCGCCGCUCUUGCGAUUGAGGACUCAGGCCUUGUUGCUUUCAAGGCAGAAGGCAUUCACAUAACAGGAAGGCUUAACGUCAAAGAAAGCCCAGUGAAAAUAGUCAAACCUUUGGUAGACACCAAAGUUCAGCACAAGGACAAAGUCACCUUGGAGUGUGAACUUUCCAGGCCAAACGCAGAUGUAAAGUGGCGUAAGGAUGGCAUCGAACUACGGCCCAAUAAAAAAAUUGGAAUUGUAGCUCGUGGGACGAAGAGAAGCCUCACCAUUCACAAAUGCGAAUAUGAGGACCAAGGAAAAUACAUGUGUGAUGCCAUCGAUGACAAGAGUUCAGCCACUUUGGAGGUCCACGCCCGAGACAUCAAGAUUGUGAAGCCCCUGGAAGAUGUGGAAGUGUGUGAAAAAGAGAGUGCGUCCUUCUUGUGUGAGAUUUCGCAUGACGAGGUUGAAACCCAGUGGUUCAGUGACGACCGCAAAAUCAGAGCUGGAGAAAACAUCAAGCUGCGUCAAGAUGGAAAGAGCUAUGCUCUGGUCUACAAGAGUGUGGAAGUCCAAGAUUCUGCAGAGAUCAAAUUUGUCGCGGAAAAGGCAGAAUCCAGAGCACACCUUAAAGUGAAAGAACUGCCUGUAAAGUUUACAAAACCUCUCCGGGUAAAGAUUGCGAUGGAGAAGCAUCGGGGUGUUCUGGAAUGCCAGGUUUCUCGCGCCAACGCAGAAGUCACGUGGUACAAGGACAACAAGAAGAUCCAUCCAAGCGAGAAGUAUGAGAUAGUGAGCGAAGGUGUCUACCGGAAACUCAUCAUCAAGGAGACAGAGUUUGAGGACGAAGGCGUUUACACCUGCGAUGCCGUCGAUGAGAAGAGCAGUGCUCAGUUCUACGUGGAAGAACAAGCCAUCCAUAUCGUGAAGGAGCUGAGAGACGUGGAGGUGACCGAGCCAGAGGAAGCCAGGUUCGAGUGUGAAAUCUCCAUCCAGUCCGUGAAGCCCCCCAAGUGGUCUCUUCGCGGAGAGCUGCUGCAGGCCAGCAAGGACGUCUUGAUCGAGCAAGAGGGGAGAACUCACCACCUGGUCCUGAGGAAGACGGACAUAGACAUGACAGGAACCAUUCAGUUCGCGAUUGGCAAAGCAAAGUCCUCAGCAAACCUGGUCGUCAAAGAUCUUCAAGUGACCAUCACCCGGCCGCUAGAAGACAAGAUUGCCCAGGAAACCCAUUCUGUCCUCCUCUCCUGUGACUUCAAGCCUUCUCCCAAGGUUGUAGAAUGGUACAAAGACCACACCCUCAUCGAGCCCUCGGAGAGGUUUAAGCCCAAGAGGGAGAAAUAUACAGCCGAGCUCAAGAUUAUCAAGCUGAACGUUGGCGAUUCCGGUAUUUACAAGUGCAAAGCUGGAAGUGCAGAGACCAAAGCCAACUUGACCGUUUUAGAGCGCAAAGUGGAGAUAACCAAGCAUCUGCAGGAUCUGGAAAUCGAGGAGGAGAGCUGUGCCGUUUUCUCUUGCGAGCUGGCGGAGGAAUGUGACGACGUGGAUUGGUUCCUCAACGACACACACCUUUUCUCGAACAACUUUAACGAGGUCAAAAGUCUGGGCAAGACUCACAGCCUGACACUCAAACACGUCACACCAGAAGACUCUGGGAUGGUGACGGUCAAAGUUCUGAAGAAGGUCUCAGAGAGUGCUCGGCUCAAGGUGAAGGAGAAGCCCGCUGUCUUCAUGAAGUCCCUGGACGACGUUGUCGGAGAGGAACGGAGCACCCUCACUCUGGAAUGCGAGGUCUCGAAGCCGAAGGUCAAACCCAUCUGGAAAAAGGAAGGAGUGGCGCUCACCCCGGGAGACAAGUAUGAGAUGCUGCAGGCCGGAAAGACCCUGGGUCUCAUCAUCCACGACCUCAGCAAGGAUGACGCUGGCUUGUAUACGUGUGAUCUCGGCACAGAGGUUGCCAAGUCUAAAGUCAGUGUGCAAGAACUGAAUAUCGGCAUCACUAAACGGCUGAAGAACACGGAAGUCCUCGAAGGCGAGAGCUGUAGCUUUGAAUGCGUCCUCUCGCACGAAAGCGUGGACGAUUGCCGCUGGCUAAUCAAUGGGCUCGAAGUGGGCCAAGAGGGACGGUUCAGAGCCUUCAACAAAGGGAGGAAAUACUGCCUUAAUAUCAAGAAAGCCCUGCCUUCGGACACUGGGGAAGUCGUUUUCUCUGUCCGUGACUUGAACUCAAAGGCGUCUCUAGUUGUGAAAGAAAAGCCGGCAGAGUUUACAAGAGGGCUGGAGGACAGGACCACGUCGGUGGGGCAGGAGGUCAGCCUGACUUGUGAGCUCUCCAAGUGGGACGCCAACCUUAAGUGGUGUAAGGACGGCAAGGAGAUUCGCAGAAGCCCGAAGUGCGACCUGAGGCAGGAGGGGAACCGGGCCAUCUUGAUCAUCCACGACGCCACGGUCAAAGACAGCGGCACAUACACGUGCGAGACGGAAAUCGCCAAGACGAAAGCGGUGCUCACUGUGGAAGAAGCAGGAAAUUGCUUCAUCAAAGACCUUUCAGAUCUGAAGUUGGAUGAAGACAAAAAAGCGGUUUUCGUGUGCGAAACCAAGAAGCCGGCUUCUACUGUGACCUGGAGGAAAGGGAUCACGGAUCUUAAAGCCAGCGCGAAAUACGAAAUCAGCCAGAAGGGGAAGGUCUUGCAGCUCACGGUGAACAACUUAGUGGAAAAUGACAGUGACAUCUACACGUGUGACAUUGGGGAUACCCAAUCAAGUGCAAAACUGGUUGUACAAGCCCUGCCGGUUCUUAUCCAACAAGAACUGCAAAAUAGGGAAGCUCAAGAAGGAAGCAAAGUCCGGCUUACCUGCGAGUUUAACAAGCCGGACCUCCCGGUGCAGUGGCUGAAGGGAAAUACGGUCCUACAAGCCGGUGAGAAGUAUGAGUUCAAGCAGCGCGGCACCGUGGCAGAACUGAUCAUCCGUGAUGCCAAGCCUACAGAUGCUGGGGAAUAUACCUGCAGCAUCAACGAGCUGAAGACCUCUGCUCGUGUGGACGUGACUGCUGCGCCAGCCCUUUUUAAAGAAGCGCUUAAGGAUACGGAAAUAAAAGAAGGGGAGACCUUAGUUUUAAGCUGCGCCCUUGCCGCACCCGAUAUUCCCGUGACCUGGAAGAAAGGGAAGACGGUUCUUCGGGCUGGUGAGAAGUAUGAGGUGAAGCAGGAAGGAUGUGUGGCUGAACUGAUCAUUCAUAGCGCAGAGCCUGAGGAUGGUGGAAAAUACUCCUGCGAAGUGGGCAAUCAGCAGAGCGCCGCGCAAGUGAAGAUCCACGCCGAGCCGGUCCGUUUCAAAGAGGUUCUGAAGAACGUGGAAGCCACCGAAGGUGGAGUAGUGUCUCUGCGCUGUGAGCUGAACAAGGCUGGCCCCGUGGAGUGGAUGAAGGAGCAGAAAGGUCUGAAGCCCAGCAACAAGUACAGGAUGAAGAAAGAAGGAACAGUCGCUGAAUUGACGAUACACGGUCUAGACCCAAAGGAUGCCGGACAGUACGCCUGUACUUCUGGAGAUCAAAAGACGACCGCUGUCAUGACAGUGAAGGCCUUGCCAGUGCACUUCAAGAUGGAACUAAAGAACGAGGAAGCAACCGAGAGUGGAACGGCCACUUUCCAUUGUGAGCUCUCCAAGGCCGUAGACUCUGUGGAGUGGAUGAAGGAUCAAACGUCAUUGAAACCAAGCGAGAAGUACAGGAUGCGGCUGGAAGGCCGCUUCGCUGAGCUCACCAUCCAAGAUCUGGAACUGACAGAUGCCGGAAGUUACACCUGUGUGUGUGCAGACCAGAAAACCACCGCAGCUUUGAAAGUGAAUGCAUUGCCUGUGUUUUUCCAAGAAGAACUCAAAAGCAUGGAGGUUACAGAGGGUGAGACGGCCACCCUGCACGGCAGGCUGAGCAAGGCGGCCCCCGUGGCAUGGCAGAAGGGCCCCAGGACCCUCAAAUCAGGUGGCAAAUACCAAAUAAAACAGGAGGGUCCUUAUGUGGAGCUGGUGAUCCGUGAUGUGGACGAAACAGAUUCUGGAGACUAUACGUGCAUUUGUGGAAGCCAGAAGACAACAGCUUGCUUGGCCGUAACUGGGGCGCCUGUCCUCUAUUACCUUCACUCCGCAGUCCUGCCGGUCCUUUUUACCAAAGCUCUGAAGGAUGAAGAAGCUAUGGAAGGGAAGGAGGCCACCCUGCGAUGUGAGUUGAACAAACCCUCCGUCACCGUGGAAUGGAGGAAAGGGCACAAGACUCUGAAGCCAAACAAGAAGUACCAAAUGAGGCGGGAAGGUGCCGUUGCGGAGUUGGUAAUCCAAAGCCUGGAACCGACGGAUUCUGGAAGCUACAGCUGUGUGUGUGGAGAGCAGCAGACCAUGGCGUCUUUGGAAGUCAAGGCCCUGCCUGUGCUUUUCAAGGAAGGCCUGAAGAACAGGGAGGCCGUAGAAGGCGCCACGGUGACUCUGCGUUGCGAAAUGACCAAAGCAGGGGCUGAGGUGAAAUGGAGGAAAGGUUCCCAAAUCCUUAAGCCGAGCGACAAAUACCGGAUGAAGCAAGAGGGUGCCGUCGCCGAACUGUUGAUCCGUGACCUGCAGGUGGAAGACACGGGAGAUUAUGCCUGCCUCUGUGGAGACCAAAAAACGACAGCGGCGUUGACCGUUCAUGCCGUGCCCGCACGUUUCCAAGAAGAGCUGAAAAGCAAAGAAGUGACAGAAGGGGAGGUGGCUGUCCUUCGCUGCGAACUGAGUAAGCCUGUCCCGGUGGAGUGGAGGAAGGGUGACGGGCUGCUCAAAUCAAACGACAAAUAUAAAAUCAGGCAGAAGGAGCGUGUGGCCGAGUUGACAAUCCAUGACGUCGACGAGCAAGAUGCUGGAGACUAUUCCUGUGUGUGUGGAGAUCAGAAAACAUCUGCCUCUAUAACUGUGCAUGCCCUCCCUCCGCGCUUCAAGACAGAGCUGAAGAACCUAGUGGUGGAAGAAAGCGGGACAGCGACCCUGCGGUGCGAGCUGACCAAAAUGGCAGCUCCGGUAGAAUGGAGGAAGGCAGGUCAGGUGCUGACGCCGAGUGAGAAACACGAAAUGAAGCUGGAUGGUGUUAUUGCUGAGCUGGUCAUUCACCACCUGGAACCGGCAGACACUGGCGAUUACAGUUGUGCCUUUGGGGAUCAGAAGACCUUGGCCUCUUUAGCAGUGAAUGCACUCCCGGCCCGCUUUAAAAAGGGUCUGGAGAACCAAGAGGCGCCGGAAGAGGGGACCGUCGUUUUCCAGUGUGAGCUGACCAAAGCCGCUCCCGUGGAGUGGAGGAGAAAGCAUAAGUCCCUGAAGCCGAGUGACAAGUACGAGAUAAGGCAGGAAGGGGCCGCCGCGUGGCUUGAGAUCCACAAUCUUGAACUUAAAGACGCUGGAGACUACUCCUGUGUGUGCGGAGAAGAGAAAACAACAGCAGCUUUGAGGGUGCACGCCCUCCCACCACGGUUCAAAACAGAACUGAAGGAUGUGGAAGCUCCUGAAGAUGGAACAGCUGCCCUGCGCUGUGAGCUCACCAAGGCUGCUCCGGUGGAGUGGAUGAAAGAAGAAGAGAAACUAGCAGAAAGUGGCAAAUACCGAAUAAGGCAGGAAGGCCCUAUCGCAGAGUUGGUGAUCCGUGAUUUAGACAUUCAGGAUGCUGGACGUUAUGCCUGUGUAUGCGGAGACCAGAAAACCACAGCGGUCUUGACAGUUCAUGCUCUCAAACCCGAGUUCAAGCAAAAGCUGAAGAACGAGAAAGCGGAAGAAGGCGGGACGGCCAGGUUCCGCUGCGAGGUGACGGUGGCGAAGGCCCCGGUGGAGUGGCGGAAAGCGGGCGUGGUGCUUCAUCCGGGGGAUAAAUACGAGAUGAGACAGGACGGCACCAGCCGCCAGCUACUGAUCCACAGCCUCGAGCCUGAAGACGGUGGGGAGUAUUCUUGCAUCACUGGAGAUCAAACCACGUCUGCAGCAUUAACUGUGAAGGGACUCGAUGUCACCAUCAUCAGGGGGCUGAAGAACGCCGAAGUGUUUGAGGACGAGGACGUGACUUUUGAGUGCAAGGUCUCCCACGACCACGCCAGGGAUGUGGAGUGGAAGCUGCAGGAGGUCUCCCUCCAGAGCAACGAGAUGAACGAAAUCUCCGUGGAAAAUGGCCGGCUCCACAAACUGAAACUGAGGAAGGUCACCCAGCAAGACUCUGGCACGGUCACCUUCCGCGUGGGACCCUAUACCUCCACGGCACAGCUCCAAGUGAAAGCACCAUUGCCCGUAUUUAAAGAAGAGCUGGCGAACAAAGAGCUGCAGGAAGACAGCACGGCAGUUCUGACGUGCGAAGUCACCCAGCCAAACGUCUCAGCCACGUGGAAGAAGGGCACCCAGGUCAUUUCUCCCAGCUCCAAGUAUGAAAUCCAGCAAGAAGGAACAGUCCAUACCUUGAAGAUUUUUAAUUUGAAGCCUGAGGAUUCUGGCAAAUACACCUGUGACAUUGGGAACCAGAAAACCACAGCCACCAUUUCCGUCGAAGCCAUCCCAGCCCUUUUUGAAGUCCAGCUUGAGAAUCAGGAAGUGGACGAAGGUUCUACGGUCACGCUUCGAGCUGAUCUCUCUAAGCCUGAUGCGCCCGUGAAGUGGAGCAAAGGGCCCCUCAAGCUGCGGGCCAGUGAAAAAUAUGAGAUGAGGCAAAAGGGCUCUAGGGUGGAGCUGCUCAUUCACGAUGCGCAGCCGGAGGACUCUGGAGACUACGCUUGUGAUUCGGGUGACCAUCAGACCACUGCAUCAGUGCUGGUGAAAGCUUUGCCAGUACUUUUUACGAAACUCCUGGAGAAUCAGCAGGCGGAAGAGGGCGGCACUGUCACUCUCAGCUGCGAGAUCAGUAAGCCCGGCGCGGUUGUGCAGUGGAAAAAGGAGGGGGUGCUACUACGGGCCGGGGACAAACACAAGAUUAAGCAAGUGGGUGCUGUGGUGGAACUGACCAUCUGCAAGCUGAGUGCGGCUGAUGCGGGCGAGUACUCCUGCUCCACGCAAGACCACAAGACAAUAGCCGCUCUGCUAGUGAAAGAGCCCCCGGCCACCAUCGUGGAGGCCUUGAAGGACAUCGCCCUGCACGAAAGCGAGGACGCCGUCUUCCAAUGCAGGGUCUCCCGGGAGAACGCGAAGGACGUGGAGUGGAGCCUGGCCGGGGUGCCCCUCCAGUCCAACGAAAUGAAUGAGAUCGGGGUGAAGGGGACACUUCACAGCCUCAUCCUGCGGAAGGUGGCGCUCGAAGACUCCGGCACCGUCAGUUUCCGAGUGGGGCAGAAUUCUUCAGAGGCUCAGCUGACUGUGCAGCCCGCUCCAGUCAUCUUCACCAAGCAGUUGGCGAAUUUGGAGGUGGAGGAGAACGGUACGGCGGUCUUUCGUUGUGAUGUGUCCAAACCCGGUGCCCACGUCUAUUGGAAGAAGGGUUCCUCCCCCAUCCAGCCCAGCCCGAAGUUUGAACUCAAAGUCGAAGGAACUGUGCACACUUUGAUUAUCCACAAUGUGCUCCCUGAAGACUCCGGCGAAUACAGCUGUAGCACGCCUGACAGAACAACCACAGCCAAACUCAAGGCGAAAGCUCUCCCCGUGCUUUUCAAGCGUGGUCUCCAGAACAAGGAGGCAGAGGCAGGGAACACGGCCUCCCUGCGCUGCGAGCUGUCCAAAGCCAUGGCCCCCGUGGUCUGGAGGAAAGGGCACGUGGUCCUUCAGCCCAGUGACAAGUACGACAUCAGGCAAGAGGGGACUUUUGCCGAGCUGCUCGUCUACGAUUUGGAGCCUCUGGACGAGGGAGAGUAUACCUGUGACUCUGGGGAUCAACAGACAACCGCCACGCUGAAGGUGAAAGUCUUGCCGGUGCUCUUUAAAGAGGAAUUGCAGAACGUGGAGGCGGAGGUGGGGGAGAAGGCCGUCCUGCGCUGCGAGAUCUCCAGACCGGACGCUCCCGUGGAGUGGAGGAAAGGCGCCCUCGUCCUUCAGCCCAGCGCCAAGUACGAGAUGCACCAGAGAGGCACGGCCAUCGAGCUGAUCGUUCACGACUUAGAACCCGAGGACUGUGGGCCUUACACAUGUAGCACAGGAGAUGAGCUGACCACAGGCUCCGUUUACGUCCAAGAAGAGGAAGUGCAGAUAGUUUCCGGUUUAAAGAACCUGGACGUCUUUGCGGGCGAAUCGGCCACCUUUACCUGUGAGCUCUCGCGCGCCGGCGUCUCGAAUGUGCAGUGGUGGCUGGACGGAUCGCCCCUUCAGAGCAGCCCCGUGAACGAGAUCUCUGUGCGAGAUGGGAACGUUCAUACGUUGACACUCAAGGACCUGGGGCCCAAUGAUUCGGGAAUUGUGACCUUCCGAGCGGGCCCCCUCAUAUCCUCUGCUAAGUUAUUAAUCAAAGAUCCAACCAUUGAGGUGGUCAGUCCCAUGCGGGAUGUUACCGUCGAGGAAGACGGCACAGCUGAGUUGAUCUGCCAGUACUCUCGGCCCGUGCAGGCCACGUGGUGGAAGAACGACCAGGAGCUUCAGGCGGAUGGACAGCGGAUUGUCGUGGAGCAAGACUGGAACGUGGCCAAGCUGAAGAUUAAGCCGGCUCUUCCGGGGGACACCGGAAUCUACACUUGUGAAGCUGGAGGCACAAAAGUGGUGGCUAUGCUUGAUGUUCAAGCUAAGAACACUGUCAUCCAGGGUCUGGAAAACGUCGAUGCCAUGGAAGGCGGGGAGGCUCUCUUUGAAUGCUACCUCUCCAAACCGGAAUGCUACAAUUACAACUGGCUGAUCGACGACGAGCCGGCCAAGACCUCCGAAAACAUCGAGAUGGUCUAUUUUGAAAACGGGCUCCGGCAUCUCCUCCUCUUGAAGAAUCUCACUCCGCAGGACAGCUGCAGGGUGACUUUCCAGGCGAGUGACGUGGUGACGUCUGCCUUCCUGACUGUAAAAGGAUGGCGCCUGGAAUUUUUGCAGCCCUUAACCGACACCACCGUCACUGCGGGCGACCGGGCCAUCCUCAGUUGUGUUUUGAGUGAAGCGGUGCCCGUCCAUGAGGUCGCCUGGUACAUUAAUGACGUGGAUAUCCAACCGGAUGAACACUGGGGCAUCGAGGCAGAAGGGAAUAGCUACAAGCUGAUACUGAAGAAAGCUCAGCCACAUCAUUCCGGGGAGGUGACGUUUGCUGCAAGAGACGCCAUUGUUUCAGCAAAGUUGUCUGUAAUAGAGCCCAUUGCCAUAACCCGACCUCUGGUGAGCAAGUCGGCUGCCGAAGGAGAGAAAGCUCGCUUAGAGUGUGAAUUAUCCGGCGGAGGUUCAGAGGUGGUUUGGCUGAAGGGGAAAGAACCCGUGCAUCCUGGAGGAAGAUAUGAAAUUAUCUCAGAUGGCAAAACACAGGCACUCAUCAUUCAUGGGUUGAAAGCCGAAGAUCAAGGGUCCUACACCUGUAUGGCUUCUCCUGAUGUCAAAACAUCCGCCAAUCUGUCCGUUGAAGUGCCCGUGUUAAAAGCGGCUGUUGAAGAAGCCCCAAAGGCGAAAGAAGUGGAGGAAGCGGGCGAUGAGCCGUCCCAGCCGAGCUUGCCCCCUGAAGCUGCUCAAGAGGGGGACCUCCACCUUCUGUGGGAAGCCCUCGCCAAGAAGCGGAGAAUGAGCCGGGAACCCACCCUGGAUUCCAUCAGUGAAAUUCCAGAAGAGGACGAUAAACUCCAGAAACGGAAGAAAGAGGAAGCAGAGACCAUCCAGUACUACUCAGAGGAAUACUCCACCUGCGACGAAUCGGCUAAAGCGGGAGAGGCAGAUUUCUCUUUCACCAGUUCGGAUGAUGAGUCCAGAGCUGGGACUCCUUCCUUAAUUUCCUACCUCAAAAAGGCGGGCUCGUCCACAAUUAGCGGCAAAGUCCAGACCUUCUCGACGGAGAAAAUCUACGCGCAGUGGGAGAAGACCAGCGUGGAGCCUUCUCCUCCGGCCCAACCAGGAGAGCCACAGAUAACAGCAGAGCUGGACGACCCCUCCAUGGCUCAGGCCGCGGUCAAAAUCCAGGCUGCCUUCAAAGGGUACAAAGUGAGGAAGGAGAUCAAGCAGCAAGAAGCCCCUGUGUUUACGGAGACCUUCAAGGACUUCUCUGGCGUUCCAGGAGGCAACCUGCAUCUCGAAGCCGUGGCCCAAAGCAAGACGGACAUGACCGUACGUUGGCUGAAAGACGGAGACGAGAUUUCGGACGGACGCCACUAUCACAUAGACAAUUACAGUGACGGGACCUGUUCUUUGAUCAUCACCGGCCUGGAGCUUAAUGACGCGGGCAAGUACACCUGUGAGGCGUCCAAUAAAUUUGGCAAGGUCUCCCACAGCGCCAGGGUGAUGGUGGGCCCUCCGCCUCAACCCCCCGCGCGCAAGCACAAGCCCGCCAAAAAGCUUCCCGACAGCGAAAGCGAGAGUUCGUCGGGGAGCGACUUGGACGACGCCUUCCGUAAAGCCGGGAGGCGGCUUCACAAGCUGUUCAAAUCGAAAAUCUCCACCAAGAUCUCGGAUGUAGAAGAGGAGCUUUUUGUCAGCGCCGACGAGGGAGAGAUCGAGGUGGUAGACCACCAGACCUACCGGGAAGACGAGAGGUACAUCUAUAUCAAGUUUGAAAUGAUGUCCGAGGCCAAAACAGCCGCUAGCCGGUUUCGAGAGAUGUUCGCGGCGAUGGGUAUCCCGGUGGAGAUUGACAUCUUAGAUCAAGGGCCCAAGAAGAUAGAGCUGCGUAUCGGGAAAGCCACACCACCUGCUCCAGGGCAACUGCGGACGUUGGUGAAACGGCCACCGCCUCCUUUGUUGACCUCUGACACCGCUCCUGUCUUCAUCACUGAACUUCAAAACCAAGAGGUGCAGGACGGCUAUCCGGUCAGCUUUGAUUGCGUUGUGAUUGGCAAGCCAACGCCUACGGUUCGGUGGUUCAAGGACGGGAGAGCCAUCGAAGAGGACGAUCACUACAUGAUCAACGAGGACCAAGAAGGCUGCCACCAGUUGAUCAUUACUGCCGUCAACCCUCUCGACAUGGGCGUGUAUCGUUGCCUGGCGGAAAACAGCAUGGGGGUCUCUUCCACAAAAGCCGAGCUGAGAGUGGAUUUGACCAGUACGGAUUACGAUACGGCAGCGGAUGCAACUGAAACUUCUUCUUACUACAGCGCCAAAGGCUAUUUGUCCAGCCGAGAACAAGAAGGAGCAGAAUCCAUGACGGAGGAGGAACAGCUGCCCCAGGUCCUGGACGAACUCCACGAUAUUCAAGUAGUCUCAGGAGCAGCCUUUGCCAAGUUCCACCUCAAGGUUAAAGGUUAUCCAGAACCUCGGCUCUACUGGUUCAAAGACGGGCAGCCAGUGCAUGUGUCCGAUCGUCUCUUAAAAAUAGACAAGAGAGAAUUCCAUGCUCUUGAAAUCCUCAACGUAACAAAGGAAGACGCCGGAGAAUACUCUGUAUUUAUAAGCAACUCCGCUGGUUCUGCCUACUCGGGAGCCCGAUUGAUUGUCAAAGGGACUGGUGAAGAACAGGAAAUUCCAAGAAAAGAGGUUCGUGAACAGCUGGUGCCGCCGAGAUUCCUGGAAAGAUUUACCAACAAAAAAGUGAGGAAAGGGGCAAGCAUUACCCUCUCCGUGAAAGUUGAAGGAAGUCCGCCACCCUCAGUGACGUGGCUGAAGGAGGAAUCCCACGGGGAAGACAUCCUCUGGAUCAAGUCAGACACCCCGGGUUAUAAACUCGCCAGUUCGAACAUGCAUCACAGCCUCAUCUUACUGGAUGUGAAGAAAGGAUACAGCGGGAACUACACCUGCAUUGCUUCCAAUGAAGCGGGCCAGUCCAUCUGCAGCGCGUCCUUAGAAGUCAUGGACGUGAAAGAGGCCGAAUCUCUGACCCAGGAACGUGUCAUGGUGACUGAGGCUAUUAUGGCAUCGCUUGGGUAUGAAGAGGACAAGGAGAGGAAAGAACAUGGAGUCGAGGUUUCUGCUCAUCCUCCUGAAACUAGAAAAGGAGAGCCCAUUUCGCUGGCUCAAGUUGGGACAGAGGAAUUUCUCCAGAAACUGACGUCUCAGAUCACAGAAAUGGUGUCUGCAAAGAUAAGCCAAGCCACCCUUCGGGUCCCUGGAGGCGACAGCGACGACGAAUCCAAAACACCAUCACCCUCCCCACGGCACGGCCGGUCCAGGCCUUCCUCAACUGCCCAAGAAUCUUCUUCUGAAUCAGAUGAGGGGGAUGCGAGGGGAGAGAUUUUUGACAUCUACAUGGUCACGGCUGACUACACGCCGAUGGGCGCCGACCGUGAAACCCUCACUUUGAAGGAAGGGCAAUACGUGGAGGUCCUGGACUCUGCUCAUCCUCUGAAAUGGCUGGUUAGGACCAAACCCACCAAGUCCAGCCCAUCCAGGCAAGGUUGGGUCCCUCCGGCCUAUCUGGAUAAAAGGUUAAAGCUCUCGCCGGAGUGGGGUGUUCCAGACGUUCCAGAGUUCUUAGGAGAGUCUCUCUCAGAAGAUGAAUAUAAAAAGAAGCUGAG